CGGGCCUACUCUGUGACACAUGACAACCACUAUAUAAUCUCUCCCGAGACCUCUCGCUCAAAACCCUAGCAGCAGCCGCCGCCUCCUCGUCUCCCAGCAAGCCGCGCCGCGCCACACAGCCCAGCCGCCGCCUCGAUCUCCAGCUCUUCCUUCAGCCAUGGCGGACGUUGAUGUCGAGCCCGAGGUUGCCGCCGGCCAGCCGAAGAAGAGGACGUUCCGCAAGUUCAGCUACCGCGGCGUGGACCUCGACGCGCUCCUUGACAUGAGCAAGGAGGACCUUGUCCAGCUAUUUCCUGCGCGCAUCCGCAGAAGGUUCAACAGGGGCCUGAAGAGGAAGCCCAUGGCGCUCAUCAAGAAGCUGCGCAAGGCGAAAAGUGAUGCCCCUGCUGGGGAGAAACCAGAGCCUGUGAGGACCCACCUCCGCAACAUGGUCAUUAUGCCUGAGAUGAUCGGAAGUGUUAUUGGUAUCUACAACGGCAAGAUGUUCAACCAGGUAGAGAUCAAGCCUGAGAUGAUUGGCCACUACCUGGCAGAAUUCUCCCUCUCGUACAAGCCAGUCAAGCACGGGAGGCCUGGUAUUGGUGCCACCCACUCCUCACGGUUCAUUCCCCUCAAGUAGAAUGGUCAGGGAAUGGCUACCUUUGCACUCCAGAAUUUAGUGAUCUAUGUAGAACCUCUUGGAGUUGUCUUCGUAUACCGUUGUCUAGUGUUAUCUUGUGAACCUUGGAACUAAUCUGCUCCAGAUUUUGAAGUUACCUUUAUCAGCGUUGAACAUGUUAUCUUCAUAUUCGAUUUAUCUUUCUCAUUCAUGGAAAUUUAUUGUUCUGGGAUUUCGUGA